AUGGCACGCAACUGGACACACCUGAUACGCUUCAUAGCAGAUGAAGAUAAUCAGAUUCAUCUGGGUCAAGUCGAUCCAUCCGUUAAUCCAGAUGUCGGAUUGGACACCUACAACGGAAAGCGUGUUCAAGCGCGUCUAAUAGUUGGAUCGGCCUUUGACAGUACUGUAACAGACAAAAUCAUGACGGUAAAGCAGCUUCUAGCGCCGUUAGAUUACCACGAGGUUCCUUUAGUUCGCUGUCUUGGACUCAAUUACUACGACCAUGCUAUCGAGGCAAAAAAGCCCAUCCCCAAGGAACCAGUGCUCUUCAUCAAGCCUAGAACUGCAAUUAGUUCACCGUAUCCGACUACCAUCAAUGUCGCUAAAAUAGGACAAGAUUCUUCCAGCGAUUACGAAGCGGAGCUUGCGUUCAUAAUUGCAAAGGACGGAAGGGAUAUACCGGAAGAGAAGGCGGGAGAAUACGUUCUUGGAUAUACAUGCAGUAACGACGUAUCUGUCAGGAUGGUGCUUUCCAAAGGAUUUGACGGAUCAGCCCCCAUAGGACCCGUUCUGGUCAGUCCAGAUACUAUUGGUGACCCAGGCAACCUGGCAAUUCGGGCAAUAUACAAUGGAGAUACAGUGCAGAACUCAAAUACCAGGGAACUUAUCUUUGACGUCAACAAGAUAAUAUCCUUUUUAUCGCAAGGUACAACACUUGAACGAGGGACCGUGGUCAUGACUGGCACUGGUCCAGGGAUAGGAUCUCUGAGGAAUCCGAAGAUAUUUCUGCGAGAUGGAGAUGACAUAAGAGUAAAUAUCGAAAGAAUUGGGACGCUUAUCAAUAGGACAUACUAUGAAUAG